UUUCUUUCCAUGCUUCUCUUUUGCAGGUAGAGACAUCUCAAUGGGUGAGGCCCACUGAUCCAGUCGUCCCGACACCAUCCCUCCCCCCGUAGCCCUUCCUCUGUUCUCAGCAACGGGCCCCCACCCCUCCACCCUCCUCCACUUCAGUCAACAUGACCUCCACAAGUAAACUUCUGGGUCUGGCCGAGAUGGGGCUGAAGUGUGACCAAGAGAUAGAGAGAAGAUAUGAGAUUGUGCCCUCGGUGGUCUGCUCCAUGUGCUGCCUCUUUGGGAUCAUUUACUGCUUCUUUGGCUAUCGAUGCUUCAAGGCCGUGCUGUUCCUCACAGGCCUCAUGUUCGGCUCCGUGGUCAUCUUCAUGCUGUGCUACAAGGAGCGGGUGAUGGACACGCAGCUCAGCGUCGAAGCGUCGGUGGGCAUCGGCCUCGGCAUAGGGACCCUGUGUGGCCUCGUGACCAUGUUGGUCCGCAGCGUGGGACUGUUUAUGGUGGGCCUGCUGCUGGGCCUGCUGGUCGGAGUGGCUUCACUGGUGGUGAUGGAGGAGUUCUACCAUCCAAAAACCGUGUGGGUUCCCCUGGGUAUCCUCCUGGGCUCUGGGACUUUAUUUGCCGUCCUCACUCUUCAGUGGCAGCGCUGCUUCGUCACCCUCUCCACAGCCACAUUUGGCUCUGCCAUCAUCACCGUCACUGUGGAUUACUUUAUAGAGCUGUUUGCUUUGGUACACUACAUCUACGAGAGGCUCAGGGUGGCGCCUAAGAGGCCGGUGUGCUGGUUUACCUGGGUCAUCUUGGGUGUGUGGCCCGUCCUGGCUUUACUUGGAGUUCUGAUCCAAUGGAAAGUCACUGCAGAGGGAUUUUCCCACACAGAGGUUGUUUUAAGCCGCCAACAACGGAGGGUCCAGCUCAUGCGGAUCCGACAGCGGGAAGACAGGCUGAAAAAGGAGAAGGAGAACAAGAAGAAGAAGAAACGGCAGACCCAGAAGACCACCCAUACCAAGAAAGCCCAUACCCAUCAUCAUCACAACAACCACCACCAGCAGUACCAUCACCCGGCAGCAUCCCACCCUCACCACCAAACCCAGAGCUCUCAGCCUCCUAAAGUCCCUCCUCCUCAGACUGAACCUGGCUACCACCGAAAGUCCAACCCUAAGAGACGCUUCGAUGGAGACGUACUGUCACCGAGCUAUAUCAGGAGCUUCAGGGACAGACAAACGGACAGACGAGCUUACUCCCAUAGUCGAAUGAUGAGCCGCACCCGGAUGGGUGAACUCGACUACGACUGCGGCUCUCAAGUGCCCCUCACAGCCCCAGGUGGACCCCCGGUCCGCAUCUGAAACAGAAAAAUACACAAAUGCGGACCCAAUGACACUCACAAAAUCAACCAAGACUAAUUAAAAAGCUCUU